AUGGACACAUCACCUUCCGAUGCCAACGGGUUCAUAACAUUCUUUGAUUCUCAGCAACAAGGGCAGGAUCAGUGCAAUGAGAGCUCUAUAUUCCAAGACAACAAUGAAUGUGCAAAACAGCAGCGAAAUUUGUUAAAUGACCAAACGUCUUCUUUCCCUAUGUUGAACGGGCAAUGCCCUGUUUUAAGUCUUACGGAAUCCGGUAAUGACUUAAUGUUUCACAACGGCAUAUCUCUCCCCAAGGCCGAUGUUGUCCAAGCAAGUCAACCAACACCUAACUCCGGCGACUGUGCUUCCUACCUGGAUGAAAAUAAGAGUAACUUCGGUGAUAAUAAUAUGGACACUAAUUAUUCCUCUGGAAAAAAGGAUAACUCUUCAGGUUCGAAAACUCCUCCACUUUAUAGUGACAAUCUUCCAGGUGACUCCAAGGCAAAGAAAAAAGCACAGAACAGGGCUGCCCAAAAGGCUUUUAGAGAAAGGAAGGAAGCCAGACUUAAAGAGUUGGAAGAUAAACUGUUGCAAAGUGAGAAGAACCGUCAAAGCUUGUUGAAGGAAAUUCAAGAGUUGAGAAAAGCAAAUUCUGAAAUCAACGCAGAAAAUAGGUUGCUACUCAGGAAUGGUAGUGAAAAAGCCACGAAGUCCUCUAGAGACGUUAUAGAUGAUAGUAAUUCCAAAUACUCUUUCCCCACCAAAGAUGAAUUCUCCACUUCCAUGAUCCUAGAAGGGAAACUGGAUAAUAAAAGUACAAACUCGUCAAAGGACAAUGUGCCCAUAACAAAACAAAAGACCCAGUACACCGACGAAACAGGAAGACAUGUACUAACGGUCCCCGCCACUUGGGAGUAUCUUUACAAACUUUCGAACGGGAAAGAUUUUGACGUGACCUAUGUCAUGAGCAAAUUACAAGGACAAGAAUGUUGCCAUAGCUACGGACCGGCUUAUCCAAGGACUUUGAUCGAUUCUCUAGUUGAAGAAGCCGCUUCAAAAGAAUGA